UGUGGCUAUGCCGAGAAACCUUGUUACCGAACCACCAGAGUCUCAGUCUCUCUGCCCGCACAAAAUUUGUUUUCUUUUUAAUUAAUUAAGUUAUCUCUGGGAUUUUUACUUAAUUGUUUUAAAAAGGCAUCCGCGCCAUCGUUUCAUUUCAUUUUCUCAAUAAUCAUCGAUCUAGCGAAAACCCUAGUUUUUUUCUGAGAGAAGAAGAAGAAGAAGAAGAUGCCGAGAGAAAUAAUAACGCUGCAAGUGGGACAAUGCGGGAACCAGAUCGGGAUGGAGUUCUGGAAACAGCUUUGCCUCGAGCACGGCAUCAGUAAAGACGGUAUCCUCGAAGACUUCGCUACUCAGGGAGGUGAUAGAAAAGAUGUGUUUUUUUACCAAGCGGAUGACCAACACUACAUCCCACGAGCGCUUCUGAUUGAUUUGGAGCCUAGAGUUAUCAAUGGGAUUCAGAACGGGGACUACCGGAAUCUCUACAACCAUGAGAACAUCUUCGUUGCUGACCACGGUGGUGGUGCUGGAAACAACUGGGCCAGUGGUUAUCACCAGGGGAAAGGGGUUGAAGAGGAAAUAAUGGACAUGAUUGAUCGAGAAGCUGAUGGAAGUGACAGCCUUGAGGGUUUUGUUCUUUGCCAUUCCAUUGCUGGUGGCACUGGCUCAGGUAUGGGCUCUUACCUACUGGAGACUCUGAACGACCGCUACAGCAAGAAGCUGGUUCAGACAUAUAGCGUCUUCCCCAACCAGAUGGAAACAAGUGAUGUAGUUGUCCAGCCCUACAAUUCCCUCCUCACACUGAAACGCCUCACCUUAAACGCUGACUGCGUCGUCGUCCUCGACAACACCGCGUUGACUAGAAUCGCCGUGGAGCGCCUCCAUCUCACCAACCCCACCUUCGCUCAAACGAAUUCGCUAGUCUCAACCGUGAUGUCCGCCAGCACAACGACGCUGCGUUAUCCUGGAUACAUGAACAACGACUUGGUUGGCUUGCUUGCGUCUCUGAUCCCGACGCCGAGGUGCCACUUCCUCAUGACGGGUUAUACUCCGCUGACCGUUGAGCGCCAGGCGAAUGUCAUUCGUAAGACAACCGUGCUGGAUGUCAUGAGGAGGCUCCUGCAGCCGAAGAAUGUGAUGGUGUCGUCUUAUGCUAGGAACAAGGAAGCUAGUCAGGCGAAGUACAUAUCAAUCUUGAAUAUUAUUCAAGGAGAAGUCGAUCCCACUCAGGUGCAUGAGAGUUUGCAGAGGAUACGAGAAAGGAAGCUCGUUAACUUCAUUGAAUGGGGACCUGCAAGCAUACAGGUUGCACUUUCCAAGAAGUCUCCAUAUGUUCAAACUGCCCAUAGGGUCAGUGGUCUUAUGUUAGCAAGCCACACAAGUAUAAGGCACCUUUUCAGCAAAUGUUUGAGCCAAUAUGAUAAACUGAGGAAGAAGCAAGCUUUUCUUGACAAUUACCGAAAGUUUCCCAUGUUUGACAAUGAUCUCUCAGAGUUUGAUGAAGCAAGAGACAUCAUUGAGAGUUUGGUAGAUGAGUACAAGGCCUGUGAAUCUCCAGAUUACAUCAAAUGGGGGAUGGAGGAUCCUGAACAGCUUGUAACUGGUGAAGGCAAUGCUUCUGGUGUUGUGGAUCCUAGGAUGGCGUUCUAAGUAAGAAUAAAUGAAAAUCCAGAGUAAAGUCAUUAUGAUGUUUUCACUUUUAAAUGAGAUUUUUCAGGUCAUCAUAGGUUUUCUUACAUUAUAAUGGUGUUUGGUAGGAUAAGUAGUAACGAUUGAGAGUGUUGGCACCUAAACCUUGAAUGGUAUAAAACUAUUAAUGUAUCUUGAUGUGUGAUGAAGACCGACUUUGCAACAUUGUUAUAUUUCUAGUC